AUGGAUCACGGAAGCGCGGAGAUGGCGGACUGUAAAGUCUCGAUGCUUUGGAAUUGGGACACAGUCGACGCUUGUUUCCUCUCGUCGUCAUGGCAGAUCCGCAACGGCGGUAUGAUGGCGGCCUCUUGCAUCGGCGUCGUCCUUCUGGUGGUCGUCCUCGAGGUCUUACGUCUGAUGAGCAAGAAAUACGACGCCAUGAUCAUCUCUCAAAUGCGUCGCCGCGGCAACGCCAUUCUUUCAGCCAACUCAUCUCCCACCGCCUACAACGAUGGUGACGCCGCCAAAGAAGGCUGCCCUCGCACCGCGGCGGUCCCGGCGCUGGCUCCUCGGAAGGUCGUCGUCAUGCGCGUUUCUCCCGUUCAACAAAUUCUUCGCGCUGUUCUACACGCCGUGACAUUUGGUGUCGCAUAUAUCGUCAUGUUGCUAGCCAUGUAUUUCAACGGAUACGUUAUUAUCUCCAUCAUUGUCGGUGCUGGGCUUGGGAAAUUUCUCACGGACUGGUUGACGUGCACUGUUGGUGGGGAAGAUACACUUAACAAGGCUGCUGGUAUUGACGAGACAACUGAUUCCGAUGAUUCCGAUGCGAGGCCGAAGCACCACCCACCCAUGGCCAUUGACUGGCGUCACGCCCUAUGCACUCUUUUGAAGCUGCCACCGGGUAUCCCCGACAAGGAUCUUCUCGAUGCCAUGUCCCUGGCAUCUGACACCCUACGAGAGGUAGAGAGACUAAGAUACGCGGUCUCACAAGAGCAAGGCCCGCCGAGAUGCGAGAUCAUCUACAGAAUCACAUGCCAUGAAGAGGGAUCUGAAGACUUGUGGCUCGGUGAACCUUGGGUCGUCGAAAGUGGACCUUACGAUGCUCAUCUCAGGGGCAGUAACGCCGUUCCACACCUCGAACUACACCUCGAAAGGAAUAAGGAGAUCGCAUUCAUCGUUUACCGUAACUUUGAAUGCUGCAGAGCUCCACCCCCAAAGCACUUCAGCUAUCAUGGCCGUGUGUCGAGUGUAGUCGAUUCUGAUCCUUCGAGUUUCUUCAAAGGCGAGUUUAUGACCAUCGUCUCCGACGACUUAUCGGUCGGUUUGCAAGAUUUGGCCGAAGAAGCUCUCGUCGGCAUUCCGCAUCCAAAGUUCAACAGACGGUCUGAAGAUAUAAUUUCCUAUCCAUACCUUUGGUGGUUCCAUAGGCGGAAAGAGAUCCAGCUCGUGACCGAACUGCUGGAUUCUGUUAGCCAGAGCCAGAUUGCAGUGUUCCAGUACUAUGUCCAGGCUCGCUUGGCGGAGGAAUGGAGCAUUGUUGACAGUUUGCUUGCCGAAAGCAAAAUUACUACCGAGUACAUUUCGUACUUAUUUGUUCCCAAUACAGUUCUCGUAUCCAAAUCUGAUGGAGACAAGAAGCAUCAACUGAGGGGAGUUAUUGCAACUGAUUGGCUCAUGCCGGGCAAUAAUCAAAACAUCCCUACCACAAUCCAAGUCACCUUGUGGAACUUUCAUGGCACCUUCCAUCAAAGCCAUGAUGCUCUGCCCAUCGGCCCACCCCCUACAGUGGCAGAAAACGAGGCAUUUCCUAUCAAGGACCUGAUCGGCGCUUAUCCCGCAAAGUUCGCCACGUCAGAGAUUACCGACUCACGAUUCAUGGUUGAUUUCACCACUUACAUUCAAAUGCAUCCCGACAACGACCUCCCGUCGAGCGAUGAUGCCCUUGGACCUUUGCAACAAUAUUUGGGUUCAAUAUGCACAAAAAAGAAUGGAGCAAUUAAUCUAGAAGUUGACUUCAUCCGAGACGUCGAGUGGAACGAAGAAGCUUUCGAACAUCUGGUGAUCGACCCGGGAACAAAAAGGCUUGUUAAGGCGGUCGUGACAACUCAACUUCGAGCAGAGGAACAUACCGACCUAAUUCAGGGUAAAGGAAACGGCCUCUUCAUUUUACUGCACGGCGGCCCCGGUACGGGAAAGACAUUGACAGCCGAAAGUGUCGCCGAAAUCGCUAAGAAACCACUGUACAGAGUCACAUGCGGAGAUAUUGGGACUAAAGCGGAAGACGUAGAAAAGUAUUUGGACACAGUCCUGUUACUUGGAAAGACCUGGGGAUGUGUUGUUCUCUUGGACGAAGCCGAUGUCUUCCUAGAGGAACGAACGUUGCAAAAUCUAGAAAGAAAUGCCCUUGUUUCGGUGUUUCUUCGUGUUUUGGAAUACUACGAUGGUAAUCUUCAUGAUUCCAGUUAA